GGAGUUACAUACGGAAGAAGAAGGGGAGAGCCUCAGUGUGACAUAAAAACUGGGGCUCAGGAGUUUGACAGUCAGUAUCGAUCAUCACGGAGAUCCCAAAGGUUCUAUUCAGUGGCUUCAGCCGACGAUCGAAAGCCUUCGGUGGGAAUUUAUUUAUUUAUUUUUCGUCGAAUUUUCUUGGGAGAAAUAAGAUGCCGGGACAAGUGGAAGAGCAAAAAGUGAAACGCGCGACAUUUGGCAUGGGCUGUUUCUGGGCAGGUGAUGCAUUGUUCGGGGCAACACCUGGUGUUAUCAGAACGUGCGUUGGAUAUGCCGGAGGCAGCAAACCAUCACCGACUUAUAAAAAUAUAGGCGAUCACACUGAGGUCAUCGACAUCGAGUACAACCCAUCGGUGAUCUCCUUAAAUCAGUUACUCAGCCUGUUUUGGAACAACCACGAAUAUGGUCUGACAACGAAGAUCAAGGCCCAGUAUGCGUCGUUGAUUCUUUAUCACGAUGAGGAGGAGAAGGCCAUUGCCGAGAAGUCGCGUAUUCAUGAGCAACGAGAGCGUGGAGAACAUUUGACCACUGCAAUCAAGGCUUUUGAAAAGUUUUAUCCAGCUGAAGAUUACCAUCAAAAAUAUCGGUUGAGAUCCCACCCCUGGCUCCUCGAGUCCCUUGAUCUCACCUCGGAUGAGCUAAUCAUCACAUCACCCCUAGCUGCUAAACUGAACGGUUACGUAGCUGGCGCAGCGACACUAGAGCAAUUUGAGAGUGACCCUUUGUGCAAGGGCCUCAAUGAGAAACAGUAUCAGUAUUUGAAGAAGUGCGUCAUUGAGACCCAAGGGGCUGGCCUUUACUGCUAGCUUUCAAAAAAUACAGAAGAUAAAACCAUGGACGCAACUGAUGGAAUCAUCGACAGAAUUUAAAAUGUAUAUUCAUUAUCAUUCACUCAAAUCCCGUUUCAUUACUCAAAAUAUUUCAGGGGACAUUUAUAAUGUUUGAGAAAGGCUGUGAAAAUAAGAAUAUUGAAAAUUUAUCAGACGCAUCCUCCUCCUCCUGAUUCCAACAAUUACUCAUUCAUUAAUACUUGUUCAUGUCACUAUUUUUACCAUUUCGUUAACAUUGCAAAUUGUUCUUAGUCUUUACAUGAAUUAUCUCCGCAGAAUAACAGUAAUUAGAAUUUAAUGAAGCCUGUGUAUUAUUAGCUGAAUUUUUACUCAACUUUGUGAAUAAAUUCUACAACGAAAAUA